CCAAAAAGUAACUUCCACAGAAUUUCACAGAAGUACCCCAACAAACUUUCCCAAAGCUCACCAAUCAAGUCAACUAACUCCCUGACUCAAUCAACAACAACAUAAUUCUUCACUAAGGAACAAUUAUAUGCAGGCCAAUUGCUGUGUAUACUAUAUGAAGAUGUAUGUUAUAUACAUUAUGUGAAGAAAAUAUCAUCAUUGUUUGAAUUGGUACAAGAAUAAUCCUUCAUCAAUGCAUUCAUAUCAUAUAUUGUAUUAUACUUAGUACUGCUGACGUUGUGGUUGAGCAGUCUCUUCAUUUUUGUUGCCUUAAGAAGAAGUUGGGUCUUGAGGAAGACGACCUGAAAGAUCUUUCAAAAUUUUGAAUGUUUUAGUCGAAUUCCAGCACCCGUAGCCAUAUCUGGUCCGCACCUGACCAACUUAAGUGGUGGAUAAGUGCUACUGAUGGUGAUGAAUUUUGAUAGUCAACUGCUACUGAACUUAGUAGACAUUGCUGGACAAGUGCUACUAGUUGAUUUUGUUGUACACGAGCUAUUGAACCUGAUAGAUUCUGUUGGACAAGUGCUAUUGUAUCUAGUAAAUUUUGGUGGGGAACUACUAAUUUUUUGUGUGCAACUGCUAUUGUCCCCGGUAUAUUUUGGUGGGAGAUUACUAAUUUUUGUUGGGAAACUGAUACUCUAUCCUGUAUAUUUUGUUGUGCGACUGCUAUUGUACCCGGUAUAUUUCGCUGUGAAAUCGAUACUGUAUGCGGUAUAUUUUGUUGUGAAACUGCUACUGUACCUGGUAUAUUUUGUUGUGAAACUGAUACUGUACCCGGUAUAUUUCAUUGUGAAACUGCUACUGUAUCCUGUAUAUUUCGUUGUGAAACUGCUACUGUACCCGAUGUAUUUUGUUGUGCAACUGCUAUCGUACCCAGUAUGUUUUGUUGUGCAACUGCUAUCGUACCCGGUAUGUUUUGUUGUGCAACUGCUAUCGUACCCGGUAAACUUUGCUGGGAAACUGUUACUGAAGCUGGUAAAUUUUGGUUGGGAGCUGCUACUAAACUCAGUGAAUUUUGGUGUGCAAUUGCUAGAGAAGGUGGUAAAUUUUGGUGGGCAAGAGUUAUUGGGGCUUGAAAACUUCGAUAGCCAAGUGCUAUUGUGGUUGCAGAACUUUUUGGAGCAAGUGUCACUGACACUUAAGAAUUUUGGUUGGCAAGUGAAGAACUUAUGUGGGCAACUUGUGAAUUGGUUCGAAAGGAUCAAUCACUGGUUUCACAUAGCUUUACCAUAUCUCAUAACUAUUGCGCUGUUUCGAGCUCUCUACAUAUAUUAUUGCUACCUCCGUGCUAGAAAACUAGUCGAGGAAGAAGAAGCCAGAAAGUUGAAGGAGUUGCUGAAAAGAGAGGAGGCUGAACGUAUUCGUUUAGCAGAACUCGAGAAGAGGAAAAAGCAGCGUGUGGAGGAAAUGAGAGAAGCUCAAAAGAAGGACCUAGAGAAUACGAAGUUGAAGGAGCAGAUACGAGCCGAAGUUGGCAAGGAGCUCAGUAAGCUUGAAGAGACGUGCCAUGAUAUGGCAUCAGUGUUGCGCGGGUUGGGAAUCACAGUUAGUAAUGGCACUAGUAAUGAGGUGCGUGUUGCUUACAAAAAAGCCUUGAUGAAAUUCCAUCCAGAUAAAACUUCACAAUCAGAUAUACGACAGCAGGUAGAAGCAGAGGAGAAGUUUAAGCUUAUUUCUCGAAUGAAGGACAAGUACUUACCAACUUUAUAACAGUGACAUAGGAUACAGAUGUAGUUUAUUCUCAGGAAAAGGACUAUACAUUUUAGGAUGGAAAUUGUGUAUAGGCAUUCAAUGCCUGAGCUUUUCUCAUCAUGUUUUUGUUAAUGUACUUUUGUUUUUUCAGGAACUGCUCUACAAAAGCUGUAAAAUAAUUUUAAAAAAUUCAUUGGUAACUGUAUAUGUGACGAAGUAAUUAUAAUUUACAACUCUACUUCACGCGCAA